UAUCAAAACAUUCAGCCAAAAAGGUGGAUUUUAUUUGCCUCUGAAUGCAUGUAUGCAUCUGAGUUCCUCAUGAGAAUAGUUUAUUUCUCCUAUGUUUUUUUUCCUCACCUGCAUACUGGACAAAUUAAUUCCUUGGUAAAGCAACAACUGAAGCCUCCUUAUAUGAUGAUUACAUUAAAAAGGCUUCAACCUCUAACUCACAUUUAAAAAUUAUCUGUCUAACAGUUAAGUUUUGCUGUUGGGCUAUACUGAGAGGUAGGGAGAGCUGAGCUGGAGGAGUCCGGCGGAGCCUAAAGUAUCAGCCUGAUACUCAUGGAUGUUGGACAGACCAGAGGCAGGGAUGGUUGGCUAUGACUCCAAAGCAGAUGCCAGGAGUAACUCCAAGUUGGAGGUGGCGGUGGCGGGAUCAGUGUCAGGAUUUGUCACUCGUGCCCUGAUCAGCCCUUUGGAUGUCAUCAAGAUCCGAUUCCAGCUCCAGCUUGAACGUGUGUGUCCAAGUGACCCCGAUGCCAAAUACCACGGAAUCUUCCAGGCGGCCAAGCAGAUUAUACAAGAAGAGGGUCCAAGAGCGUUCUGGAAAGGACAUGUUCCAGCCCAGAUCCUGUCCAUAGGCUAUGGAGCCGUCCAAUUUUUGGCCUUUGAAGAACUGACUGUACUGCUUUACCAAGCCAACUUGUAUCAAACCCACCAGUUCUCAGCACACUUUGUAUGUGGAGGCCUGUCUGCCGGUACAGCCACCCUCACCGUGCACCCCGUGGAUGUCCUGCGCACCCGCCUUGCAGCUCAGGGGGAGCCCAAUCUGCGAGAGGCUAUAAUCACCAUGUAUAGGACGGAGGGCCCCUUUGUCUUCUACAAAGGCUUGACUCCCACUGUGAUCGCCAUCUUCCCGUACGCGGGCUUGCAGUUCUGCUACCGUUCCUUGAAACGCACCUAUGACUGGGUCAUGCCACCAGACAGAAAGCAAACAGGGAACCUUAAAAACCUGCUUUGUGGCUGUGGAUCUGGAGUGAUCAGCAAGACCCUUACGUAUCCCCUGGACCUCUUCAAGAAUCACCUGCAGGUGCGGGGGUUUGAAUAUGCCCGAUCUGCUUUUGGCCAAGUUCGGAGCUACAGGGGCCUCUUGGACCUCGCCCGGCAAGUGUUACAACAUGAAGACACCCGGGGCUUCUUCAAGGGCCUAUCCCCCAGUCUGAUGAAGGCUGCACUCUCCACUGGUUUCAUGUUCUUCUGGUAUGAGCUCUUCUGUAACCUCUUCCAUUGCAUAAGGAGGGAAGACAGAUAGCUGUGAGGCAGGAGGGGCCUACGGUCUGCACUGGACCACUGACUUGGCUCCAAGCUCAUACUGAACAAUGGCUGCUGCCUGGUUGGCCUUCUAGGCCAGCUGCUGUGCGCAUGAAGAGUCAUCCAGAGCUGAAGGCAGAAGAAGGCAAGGAAGGGCUUUUGCUGAACAGAGUGAAGAGAGAAGGGAUUGCUUGCACUGUAGAAAGAAGCCUGUGGGGAAGGAGCCUGGUGCCUGGUGUGUCUCUCCUCUGACCAGCCUAACCCGGAAGGAAAUGACCAUCUCUUUUUGUAGUCCUGGUUUUGGGGAGAACACUCCUAGUCCUGGUAGGACCACACUGGACUGCAGACAGAUGGGAUCGGGCUUUUUGCAGAAUUCUGACCUCCACAACUUGGUCUGUUUCUCCUGCCAACUUAUUUAACAGACAUUAAAGUAAAGGGGGUGUAAAAAAAUUAUCUGUCUAACUUGCCUUUCCAUGUUAAAGAUUUUUGCUCUGUAAUUCUCUAUUAAACAUUGGUAGCUUAUGGGGUUUUCUAGAAUA